AUGAAGCUACUCUCAGGCCAAGCAAUUAGGGCGGCCCGGCAUCCCUUCCACCACAACCAACCACGCCCUCGGACUCUCCACUCGAUCGGUGCCCCUCAGGACGACGACCUUAACGGGCACGUGGACUUCAUCACCGCGGCCUCCAACCUCCGCGCCUCGAACUACGGGAUACCCGCGGCGGACAGGCUGUCGACCAAGCGCAUCGCGGGGAAGAUCGUUCCUGCCAUCGCCACCACCACGGCCGUCGUCUCCGGCCUCGCCUGCGUGGAACUCCUUAAGGUAACGGUGAAGCUUGACGCUCGUUCGGAUGGUGGAGCCCCGAUCACAGACCACAAGAACGGUUUCGUCAAUCUCGCCGCUCCCUUCGUGGCAUUUUCGGAGCCCCUCGAGGCCGAGCCGAUCGACGGGGCCUCUGGCGGCGGGGGGGAGGGGGGGUUCACGAUCUGGGACAAGGUGGUGGUGGACGGGGCGGCCGACCUGACAGUCAGGGGGCUUGUGGAGUUCUUGAAGAGCGAACGCGGCGCCGCCGAGGUGUCGAUGAUCUCGUACAAGAACGCCUUCCUGUACGCGAGCUUCAUGCACGGCGACGUCGACGACGAAGGCGAAGGCGAAGAAGACGACCCCCACCCCGUCCUAGACACGCCUCUGUGGCAGCUCGCCGAAGCCCUAGACACCGACGGAGGCCAAGACUGGAUGUCCCGUAACGUCGGCGUCAGCGCCGGCGGCGGCGGCGGCGACGUCGACGGUGGCGGCGACAAGGUCGUCGAUCAAGCCGUCCCCGCGUCGCCGUUCGUGGGCGGAGACGCCGCCACCGCCGUUUUCGACGACGCGCGGGCUACGGUGGACGACGGCUCCGGUGGCCCCGGGUUUGCGGAGGCGUACGGAGAUCAAGGGUAUGGCGGGGGCUUGUACGGUGUCGUCGAAGGAACGGCGGCGGCGGCGGCGGCGGCGGGGGGUGUGGGGCAGGACGGAGAUUGGCCGUACGGCGGUGGCGAGGGUGACGGGUUUGGGGUUCAUGGCGGGGCCGGGGCCGGGGGGGGCGAUGGAGAUGUUGUCGGCAACGGGUGGCAGGGGGGGGGCUCGUACGGUCAGGGCUGGCAGGCACAGCAAGACGCCUGGGGAGGCGGGCAGCAACAGCAAGCGUCGUCGGGCACCUGGCAGGAAGGAUAUUCGACUCAGACUCAACAGCAGGAGGCCGGGGGUGUCGCUUCUUGGGGGAGUUCCACCGGGAGCGCGGCGUUCUGGGGGAGGGCUGGCAGGGAAGAUGCGUUCUGGGGAGAGGAAGCGAAACAGUGGGCGGCUGCGGCAGAGACGGCGACGGCGACGGGGACAGAGGGACCGGCGUCGGCAGCCGGGGCGUCGGCGCCCGACGAAGGUGCCGAUGCUCCGGCUGUGCCCGCUCGCGAGGAGGAGGAGGAGGAGGCGGACCCGCCGGUGUUUGACUGGUUCGAAGAAGAGUUUUGGGGAGCGGCGGCGGCGGCGGCGGCGGCGCAGGGGGAGCAAGGCGAAGAACACUCCAACCCCGCUGCUGGCGGCGGUGCUGCUGCUGCUGCUGAUGGUGACUUCGGCGGCAGCAGCGGUGGAGGUUUUGGCGGGGACGGUUUCCGCGGCGCCUCUCCUGUGGCGGCGGGCUCUGGGUGGGCCGCUCCCGCUUCGGCAGCGGUGGGUGCGGAGGCGGCGGCGGCGGUGGCGGCGGCGGCGGGACGAGGGGGGGGCACGUCAACAACCACGACGACUAGGGCGGGAGAGGUGUCGGAACCCACAACGGGGGCAAGACGGCCGGAGUUGCUGGUCGAGGACGGCGAUCAGGGGUGGGGGCGAUGGCACGCGCAGGACGAAGAGGAGGAGGAGGAGGAGGAGGAGGAGGAGGAGGAGAUGGAGAGCGACACCGGAGGUUGCCACAAUAGCAACGACGCCGCUGUAACGGCCCUUGAGAGAGGAAGCGGUGGGGCGCGAGUCCGGCAACGACGACGUUCACGCUACCUCGACCUCCAAGUGUUCUGCGACGACGAGGACGGGGAGGAGCUGAGACUUCCACCCGUGCGGCUUGACAUGCGGAGUUCCGCCCGCGGGAGCGGGGCUUCGCCUAGGCGUGAGAGAGAAGAAAGUGCGGAGGGAGCGGUGGCGGCGGAAGGUAGAGAAGGCCGGCGAGGUCUGGUAGGGAGGGUGUGGGGGGCGUUCUUUGGACCGUUGCAGGCCGGGUCGGGGGGUAGCAGUGUGGAGGGGGAGAUGGCCAGGGAUAGUGAGGAGGAGGAGGAGGAGGAGUGGUCUGAUUGACAGCAGUAGUCGUCAGUGGAAGUCUUAUGUAGGACCGUUUUGUUUGUGAACGUCUGUCGACGCCAGGCACGAUAGACGAGGGGCAUUUGGUUUUGCUGAGGGUACGGGAAACAAAAAAUGCGCGUUUAGGUUGUCCUUUAUGUGUUGUAACGACUAUACCUAUUUACACUUUACAGCUCCUGUAUCCUGUACGAAACGUUUGAAAUUGGCGCCAAGUUGUGAAAUGUGGUUUCAUAGCGUGGCUGUUUGUUUUUGUUUCUGUUGCCCAUCUUGGGUGGUUGUGUUCCGUGGUGUUUCUCAGGCCUUUUCUGUCUCUCAUGUUGUUGUGCUUUCGUCUGACGUAGGUGGAGUCUUGAAUCACU